AUGUACAUCCCAGCACCUACUUCCUAUGCACAUCUCAAAACAGUCAAUGGAAUCACCUUCAAUUCAUAUAGGGAAGCAGCUAUUAGUCAUGGUUUAUUACAGGAUGAUAACAGCAAUGAAAAGUGUAUGGAGGAAGCAUGCUUAUAUCAAAUGCCAUUAUCACUACGACAACUAUUCUGUACUAUUCUCGUUUAUUGUGCUCCAGUGAAUCCAUUGGAAUUAUUCUUCAAAUUUGAAGAUGACAUGAUAGAAGACUAUGUCUCCAUACAAAAGCUGACCAAAGAUGCUGCACGACAGGUUUUACUCGAAGCACUAAAUGCAGAGCUCGAAUCUAUGGGCAAAAAGCUACAUGAUUUCCAAUUAUCUCAUCUUGUUACAUCUGAUUCAACAAAGACAAUAGUACCAAGAGAAGUACAGGAUGAAAUGAAUGUCCAGAUACCAGAAGAUGAUCUACAAGCCCCAAGUUUAUUCAAUGUAGAACAAGCAACAGCUUACAAUGAAAUUCUCUCUACUGUUCUCAAUCGAGCUCCCAAAAGCUUCUUUAUCGAUGGUCCUGGAGGUACUGGCAAAACAUUCCUUUACCGAGCGUUACUUGCAAAAGUUCAUUCACAACAUUUAAUUGCACUAGCAACAGCCAGCUCUGGAGUUGCAGCUUCAAUUUUACCAAAUGGAAGAACAGCUCAUUCCCGCUUCAAAGUCCCAAUAAAUGGUGAUGGCAAACUCUGCUGUAGCAUUUCAAAGCAAUCUGGUCUGGCUACUCUUAUUAAACAAGCUGUCCUUAUCAUUUGGGAUGAAGCAUCAAUGGCAAAAAAGCAGUCAAUCGAAGCCUUGGAUUACCUCUUACGUGAUCUGACAGAAAAUGAUACAUUAUUUGGUGGAAAAGUUGUUGUUUUAGGAGGUGAUUUCAGGCAAGUAUUACCUGUUAUACCUAAAGGAACACGGAUUGAUUGCAUUAAUGCAAGCUUAGUCAGAUCAUACAUAUGGCCAGAACUCGUCAAAUUCAAACUAAAGGAAAAUAUCCGAGCAAAGGCUGAUCCAGCAUUCAGUGCAUACAUUCUUCGAGUUGGAAAUGGUCAGGAAAAAGAGAAUGACGCAGGAGAAAUCAACUUACCACCAACCCUAAUCCUACAGCCAACCACAAGAAUGCAACCUUUAGACCAGCUAAUCCAAUUUGUUUUCCCCUCCUUUGAUCUACACACAUUGGAUCCACUUUCUUUAACCAACUCUGCCAUCCUCACACCCAAAAACCUGGCAGUUGAUGAAAUUAAUGAGGCAAUCAUUGCCAAAUUCCCAGGGAAAGAGCAGACAUACCUAAGUUUCGACGAAGCAUCUGAUCCUACGCAACAAGGGCUCUACAUUGACUUUCUAAAUUCCGUAACACCUCAGGGAAUGCCAACUCAUCAUCUGAGAUUGAAAAAGAAUAGCCCCAUUUUGCUACUUAGAAACAUAAAUCCUUCCCAAGGAUUAUGUAAUGGCACAAGAUUAAUAUGCAAAGAAUUCAAGACUCAUUUGAUUGUUGCUCAAAUAGCAGUAGGUGAGCGAAAAGGCACUACGAUUUUCAUACCAAGGAUCCCUUUACAGCCAAAUGAUCCUCAGCAUUACCCAGUGCAGUUCACACGUCGACAAUUCCCUGUGAGAACAUGUUUCGCCAUGACCAUAAAUAAAGCCCAAGGUCAAACAUUAAGUACAGUCGGUAUAUACUUGUAUGAGCCAAUAUUUGCUCAUGGGCAGCUCUAUGUUGCCUUAUCUCGAGCAACAACAGCAGCCAAAAUACGAGUCCAUGUGAAGCACUCAGAAAAUGAGGCAUUUCCCCACUAUCGCACUAAGAAUAUUGUCUACAAAGAGCUGCUACAAGAAGCUAAUUGCAUAUAA